AGUUGGUUGCUCUCACAAACACACACACACGCGCAGGACAAGAGAGACAUCAGAGAUCAAAGAACCGAUUCAGACAGAGAUAGCAACAACGAAACUGAGAUUUGGGGGUGAAAGAGAGUGAUGGAAACGAGGGAGAGAGAUCUGGAGCGGCUGAUUCCGAUGCAUAAAUCCGGAGAGGUCGUUCUCUCGGUUCCGCCGUCUCCUCUCGCUUCGCCCAUUCACGUCGCCGGAAGAGAGGCGGUUUACAAAGUCAUCCGAAGCUGGGCCUCCAAAAAGUUCAUGACCGGAUGUGUCAUUCUUCUUCCAAUCGCCGUCACAUUCUACUUUACAUGGUGGUUUAUUCAUUUCGUUGACGGUUUCUUCUCCCCAAUCUACACUCAUCUCGGUAUCAAUAUGUUCGGUCUUGGGUUUGUGACAUCCAUAACAUUCAUCUUUGUGGUUGGUGUCUUCAUGUCCUCAUGGCUAGGAGCUUCAUUUCUCAGCAUUGGAGAAUGGUUUAUCAAGAAAAUGCCUCUCAUCAGCUACAUCUACUCAGCUUCUAAACAAAUCAGCGGAGCUAUCUCCCCAGAUCACAGCUCAGGUGCAUUCAAGGAGGUAGCCAUUAUCAGGCAUCCUCAUAGGGGAGAAUACGCUUUUGGAUUCAUUACAUCGACUGUGGUUCUCCGAGGCCGUGCUGGUGGAGAAGAGCUCUGCUGUGUCUAUGUCCCCACCAAUCAUCUUUACCUUGGAGACAUUUUCCUCAUUAGCUCAAAGGACAUCAUAAGGCCUAAUCUCUCGGUCCGUGAAGGCAUAGAAAUAGUCAUCUCUGGUGGCAUGUCAAUCCCAGAGGUACUAACAACGCUGGACGCAGAGACUAUCCACAGGACAGUAGCAGGAAGCUUUGCUAUUCCACCAGUGUAAAGUCGAUGAAUCAUAGUUUCUUUUUUUCUUUUUUUCUUUUUUUAAUCCGAAGGUUAAGUCAGUCUCCAGUGGAGACUCUGAUUUUAGGUGAUUUUCAACGUUUGUUAAUCCAAGAAUGUUGGAAAAGUUUUGAACUCGUUAUGAUAUAUAUAUGAGUGUUUAAGCC